UCCAUCUCUUCAUUUUCAUCUCAGUUUUCAUGUUGUUUGCAUACAAAUUAUAUCGGAUUUUCGGUUUCGUGAUCUGGAAAUCUACAAAACACCCGUUCGAAACAAGAAUUGUAUCGUUCUUGAGUCGUCGUGGAUCAUGGGUGGAUGUGUUUCUAGGCCGUACAAGAAAUCUAGAUCGCGUAAAUUCUUUUUCUGUUCAGGAAGAUGGCAAAGAAGGGUUUCCUCUUCUGCCCCUGUUAGGCCUGUGGAACAGCUUACAGAUGGUAUUGUUGCACCAAUUUGUCAAGAGGAGACGUGGUUCGAUUCCAUGAGUAUCUUAGGAUCCGACUCGGAUGACGACUUUAGCAGUGUCUACGGAGAUUCCUUAUCGUUAGGAAAUGCGAGCGAUCAGUGCCCAGAUAGCACAACGAUUCAGUACGAGAAUGCACCGCACUUUUCUGACGGCAAAUCUGGUUACAACAACGGACUACACGAAGCUCAUCUCAUAUCGGAUGGGACUGAAAAUGAGAAGUUUUUCAUCAGAAACGGAUACAAGGACUCAAAGGGGUCCUCGUUUUUUAAUAAAAGUACUCUAGAUAACGAUCUUUCUUGCUUAACGACUGUUAUAGUGCUUUCUAUGAACCAGAAACCAUCAGACGGAGAUGAAAAAACCGAAAUUUGCGAGUCGAAGAGAUUAUUGUUUCGACCCAGAGCGGGACUUCUGAUUCCUAGAUCAAUGAACGAUAAGCCAACUCCAGGAAGCUGGUCGAUUGUUUCACCUUCGGUUUUUAAGCUUCGGGGAGUUAAUUUUUUCAGAGAUAAGCGGAAAUACCCGGCUCCAGAUUAUAGUCCUUAUACUCCAAUCGGUAUCGAUCUGUUUGUUUGUCCUAGAAAGAUCGAUCAUAUUGCUCAGCACGUUGAACUUCCUUGCGUCGAUAUGCAUAAAAAAGUACCUUCGUUGCUGAUCGUGAACGUACAGAUGCCAACAUAUCCUGCUUCGUUAUUUCUUGGCGAUACCGAUGGCCAAGGCAUCAGUCUAGUUUUGUAUUUCAAAGUAUCCGAAAGCUUUGAUAAAGAAAUAUCUGCUCGUUUUCGCGAAAGCAUUCAGAGACUAGUGAUGGAUGAGAUGGAAGUGAUGAAGGGUUUUGCAAAAGAAUCUACGGUUCCUUAUCGAGAAAGAUUGAAGCUAAUGGCGGGUGUAGUUAACCCCGAGGAUCUUCAGUUGAGUUCCGCAGAAAGAAAGCUUCUAAACGCUUAUAACGACAAACCGGUGCUUUCGCGCCCUCAACACGCUUUCUAUCGGGGACAUAACUACUUCGAGAUAGAUCUAGACAUACACCGAUUCAGCUACAUUUCGAGGAAAGCACUCGAUGCUUUUCGAGAGCGAUUGAAGCACGGAAUACUCGAUCUUGGUUUAACGAUUCAGGCACAACAUCCUGAAGAACUACCAGAGCAAGUUUUAAGCUGUGUUAGACUUAACAAGAUUGACUUUUCUGGUCAUGGUCAAAUCCCUAGAAUUUUAAUCCCCACUAAUGAUUGAUUAAUUUGUAGCAACUCUAAUUCUCUAUCAAGAUUAUCAGUUCUUUGUAUAGAUACUGGAUUAUGACUGAACACCUCUAAGUCAAAAUCCGGGCUGAAAACAACGUGUGCAUCC